AUGGCCGAUAUAGCACGCGACAAAGCUCGACAGCAUGGCGCGACUGUGGUUGGCACUGCGGCUUCGGCUCCUGCUCCGAGAAGAAAAGAAGCUGCCAUUUCCACUGCAAACGAUGAGGUCGUGGCCUCGCGCGCAAAGACUCGCUCAUGGGAUUACAUCUGGAGAUCCGGUGUCGCCGGGGGUAUCGCAGGAUGCGCUGCCAAAACGACAGUGGCGCCUCUCGAUCGCGUCAAAAUCCUCUUCCAGACCAGCAAUCCCCAGUUCGCAAAAUACACCGGCUCCUCGUUUGGAGUCGCUUCCGCGAUGAAAGACAUAUACCUCUCAGAAGGCGGCAGAGGGCUCUUCAGGGGCCACUCCGCCACGCUCCUCAGAAUUUUCCCCUAUGCCGGCAUUAAAUUCCUUGCCUAUGAGCAGAUUCGCAACAUGAUUAUCCCCGACAAGAACCACGAGACGCCCUUCCGACGGCUGAUCAGUGGCAGUCUUGCCGGCGUGACCUCCGUCUUUUUCACAUACCCCCUAGAAGUUGUUCGAGUCCGCCUCGCUUUUGAAACCAGGAGAGAUGGCCGGUCAUCCUUGACAUCGAUUUGCCGCCAAAUCUACAAUGAACACCCCGUUGAAAAAUCUCGAACACCAAAACUGCCAAAUACACCUGGAAUUGCUGCAGCCGUAGACUCAGCCACCUCCGCCGUCGAAUCCGUUGCGCCACGAGUCGGCCUUGUGAAUUUCUAUAGAGGAUUUGCUCCCACCAUGCUCGGCAUGCUGCCGUAUGCUGGUGUAUCCUUCCUCACUCACGACACCAUGUCCGACCUCCUGCGCCACCCUUCCAUCGCUGAAUACACGACUCUGCCGAAAAAGAAGAACCACCCAGAAGGCAAGGCAGCACCGCUUCGAUCCUGGGCCGAACUUACAGCCGGAGGCGUAGCCGGCAUGAUUUCCCAGACGAGCUCUUACCCUCUAGAGGUCGUGCGACGACGCAUGCAGGUUGGCGGCGCUGUUGGCGAUGGCCGAAGGCUGCGAGUCGGAGAGACAGCGGCUAUGAUCCUCCGGGAGCGCGGCUUCAAGGGAUUUUUCGUCGGCCUCACGAUUGGAUAUGUCAAGGUGAUACCCUUGGCGGCGGUGAGCUUCUACACCUACGAACGCAUGAAGCUUGUUUUUGGUAUAUAA